AUGAACCGACAAACUAACAUUAUCGACGACGAUGAAGUCGCGCGAGCGAUGGCCGCAGCCUCACAGGCCAAGGGAAACAAUGUACCUGCAGCGAGCAAGGUAACUGGAGGCGGUGCAGUUGCUCCAAUCAGACCCAACAAGACCACCACCGUACCUGCAGCGAGGAAGGCAACAAGGACGCCUGUCACUGCUACUCUAAGCCAACAUCUGAGGGGCCAGUUCUAUGAGGCGAAUGGGCUAAAGAUUCCAUUGAAUGACCAAGAUGGCCUAGGAGACAAGAAGAGACAACACGCUCGAUUAGCAGAGGCUCUCCUCCGCAAGGACUUGGAGGAACUGCUCGAUAUUGUAGAGCAGUAUGCAGGCACUGAGAAGCGAAUAGAGUUCUGUAUGCUUGAACUCUCAAAGGUUGAGGUAGCAACCUGGAUUGAAGAGAAGGAAACUCUUGCCCUUGGGCGCCAUCCCAAAUCAACAUUACCACUUCCGGCAAAGAACACGUUCGAUCCUUCACGUACCCCUGCAGCUCCGACAUUAAGCAAUGGAACAACAACUCUCUCCGUUCCUUCCACUAAGGAAAAUCUAUCACAUACAGCUGUACGAAAUGAUACACAUGAGCAGUCCGAUAGUCGGAAGAGACGAAUCCAUGAAGAUGAGCUAAAUAGCCAACCGCCACAGAAGCUCCAGAAGCUGGAUACUCCGGCAGAACCAGCAGCUGGAGCUGAUGAAAAUCAAGCCGAUGCCGUUCAACAGGUCAAUUCAAGUCCCGUAAUCGUAUCAUCGUUGCCUCAAAUCAGCAAGAAAAUCGAAACGCACAAAGUUGCUAGAGAUCGCGAAGUGCAACAUAUCCAGUUCAUGAGCGAUACUGGGAUGGAUGCUUCUAAUCUCGACCUAUCCACCACGAUCUUUCACGGCAAGAAUAUUGACAGAGUUCUUACCGCCACAACUAAUCCUCGUACUGGCGCGAUCCAGUUCUUUGACACAACAGUACACAGAAACAAAAGCAUUCCACCAAUGCUUCACGCCCCGUUUCUCAAACAUGGAAACCACGGCCGCCACGGCGACUUCGUACACGACCCUGAUCGUACCACAGGCCUCGGCCAUCAGAUUGCUUCACAUGACCAUCAUAAAUGGAACGAGUUCAUAGUGUUCAAUGGAAUGUGGCGUCAUCGUAAGCCUCAUUCUGUAUCUGGACGAGAGGCCAUGUUGGCCGAGCGUGAGAUUAGGGAGACAUGGGAGAAGUGGCAGAUUUGGUAUGGUGAAUUUGUCGAGAAGUAUCCGGGGUAUGCAGUUGCGCAUCUGUGGCCGUGUGGGUGCGAGAAGGUGAUAGAAGGAUACGAUAGUGAAGAAGAGUAG